AUGGCUGCUGACUGGCAACCCGAGUGCCUCGUGCCUCAGAACCAGCCGUCCCUGGAGCCUGUGGGAGCUCAUUCAGACCGAGCUCUGCAGAAUACCUCUGGGAAUGUCCAGUCAUAUUCCGAUCCUCUUGCACACAGCGAGGCCCCUGGUCGAGAUGACCACCUCCAGCAGCUCGGCUUCAAGUACUCUCAUGCUCCACCCCCUCCUCACCCUGUGGUCGGUCCCAACUUGCACCAGCAGGCCGUCGCGGCCCGGCUUCAUGCCCGAAGGCUUCGGCGGCUUCACUCCGUCGGCCCUAAUGUGUCAUCCCGCCGGGCAAGAAGCUAUCUCAAGUCUCAGAAGUACUUAGAAUACCGGGCCCGGCCUCGACGGGAUACGGGAAAGGACGGGGAUCCCGUAUGGUCUGACGAGUUGGAGGAUGCUUUCCAGCAAGCUCUCGAGGCCAACCCACCCAUGGGUCGAAGGAAGUGGUCUGAACGUGGGAAGUCGUACGGACGGAAUGAGCUGAUUGCCGAGUACAUCUUCAAGUUGACCGGCAAGAGAAGAACCCGAAAGCAGGUCUCAAGUCACCUGCAGGUGCUCGACUCGUUUCUGAAGGGGGACCCUGAUUGGGAGCGACUGGUUCGAGAGACGUCGGCUGAACGGUCGAGUGGACAUGCUCAAGCGGCCGCCCCCAAAUGGCGGACAUCGAUGGACCACCCUGCGGCAUCCAGUCAUUAUGGUGGCCACACUCCCUCAUACCAUGACCACAUGAGGUCAAUGCAGCCCUACGGAGGAGAUCUACCGCCGCCUCACUACACCCUGGGCUCCAACAUGCAAGAGGCCGGACCUAGCAACAUCCACGGGUUCAGCUUCGACAUGUGGGUAAGCGCGCCUCAGCAGGUGAACCGCAUCGACAAGGCCUUGCACGCAUAUACCCGACUCCAGGGAGAUCUGCACCACCCUGCAGCGCCACCCAUGCCUCUAGAGAGUGUAAACGGAUGGCGCUCCUCAUUUCCUCACUUGUCCUCACUGAUUGACGAUUCUAAUGGUUCCCUUGACUGCGAUAUCAUCUUGCUGGAGGUCAACCUCCAGUUGAUGACUGACUUCCCUCCAGCGGGCUCGCGGCUGGGAAUUCAACUAGACCUCGAUUUCGCUCACCCAACUGCAGGUGAUGUGCUGAUGGUUGGCCAGAUGGACAACUGGACUUGCAGUACACACAUCUACAAAGACAGUCAAACACUACAGGAGAGUUACCACGAUCUCCCCAAGACACAAUCGACAAAGGUCAAGCCACUCUUUGAGUCCUCUUGGUGGGCUAAACUAUUCACUGAGUUGACUCAGGAGAAGCGGAUAGCCGAGGACUCGGGACAGCCCGAAGCUGCGCACGCCGCUGAUGACCACGCCCGCCGCUUCGUCCGCUCUCUGUCCGCGGUGCAAGAGCUGCGCGCCGUGCCACCUAGCGCUCGGCGGCUCUCGAACCAGUUCCAAGCUCACCAUGGCGAGGAAAGCAAGCGCAUGGCGAUUUUGGUCUGGAAAUUCCGCCAGACCCGGCCUGGCGAAGUGGGCACUACAACCUGGCGACGACUGAUUCCGCCGCCAGAUAGAACCUCCACCAACAGCCCGCGGCCUAACUCCGGCGUUGACCUCCCCCCUCUGUCUCUGGAAUCGAUCCUCCUUAACAACAAACCCUCUCAGCCCCAGCCCGUCUACCAUGCGCAGCAGCCGCAGGACUUGAUCCACCCGCAGGGCCAGCCCCAGCCCCAAUGGCCCAUGUACCAACCAUCCCACGACAAUGUGGCUAAUAUCUUUAAUUCGUCCGGUCAUCUCGACUUCAUGACGUCGAUCUCCAAGGCCGAAGAUAGCCUUGGUGACAAGACGGCCGUGACCUCCGUGCUGGACUCGUUCCCUGCCAGCCUCGCCCCGGAGACCUCCCAACCCAGCAGCGUGAACGCCUCCAGCGGCGGGCCCGUCAUGCUGAACGUGCACGAUUUCCCGCUCUCGCACUCGUCGCUCGGCUACAGCAUGGGCUCCGACACCCCGCAGUACGUCCCAUCACAGCCGCACGGGAUCCCCAUGCACGACAGCAGCAGUAGCAUGCUCAACGGCUUCUUCGCCCCGGGCACGCAGUCCCUCGACGAUCUGGGCCACAGCCACACGCCGUGGGCCACGCACUCUAACCCGAUCUCUGGGGAUGUCGGCGCCGCCAGCAGCUACCACCAUCUCCCCUUUCCAACGGAGCAUGCGGUGCCCGUCUCGCGCGAGCCGCAGCAAGCGCACCACCACUUCGAUGGCCUCAUGCCGCCGGAUGACCUGAUGGACAAGCUUGUCGGACGCAUUUCCAAUGGCUCCGGCAUGCAUGGGGCGGGCCCUGAUCAUGCUAAUGCCGGCUAUGCUGACAACACUUCGGUGGACGCCGUUUAA